ACCUCAAGAAGAAGGGAAGGAUCGAUUUUACUUUUUAUUUUGAUACUUUAAUUUCUUGAUGAUCCUUAACCUUACCUAUAUACUAGUAGGCAUUGAUUAUCCUGUCGUUUAUACACACGCUUUCUAGCUUUCUAGCUUUCUAGCUUUCUAGCUUUCUAUCUUUCUAUCUUUCUAUCUUUCUAUCUUUCUAUCUUUCUAUCUUUCUACACGAGUGUCGAAAGAAAAUUAUUGAUUGCAAAUUGCAUCUUAAUUCAUGAUUACGAUUUCAAUCACAAAGCUACCUAGUACCUACAUACUAUAUACAUAUCUUCAUCUCUGCCCAGCUCAGGAACGGGGUAUUUCACUUCUUCGCUCAGUGUGUACGUACUUGAGUGUCUACUUACCUCCGUACCUACCAAGCUAGCUAUACAAGUUUCAUACGGAAAAUUACCAUAUUUUAAACGCUCUACUUAUUACACACAAGGUUAUUUACACAUACAAUCUUACUCAUUUAUUCAAUCAUUUAUUUAAUCCAUCAAACGAUCACUCAAUUAUUCUCAAUUACCUACCUACCUACCUAUCCACCCAUCUAUAAAAGAAAAGCCAUAUCCUUCCUCCCUUCCUCCCUCCCCCCUCCCUCCUAAACCCCCGCAAAAAUGAGUACCAGAGACAAAGAACUCAAAGAAGAGAAACACACGCUAAAAUCCUCAUCUACUCGUAUCGACCUUUCGAAUUCGCUAGCGCAUCGCGCUGCAUCCGCAUCUACAUCUACAUCUAUGACGGCCGAGGAUUACGAUUUUCCUACUUCUAGUUAUGUUUCUAAUACAUCUCAAUCUCAAUCUCAAUCUCAAUCUUCAUCAUCAGAAAUAUCUGCACCACCACGAGUCCGCCUCUCACAUUCAUAUACAAAAUCUACAAAUCAUUCAACGGCUGAAUCAUCAAGAAGUAGUACUCCCAUUUCAAAUCCCACGUCUAACCUACAUCCUCGAUCACGGUCACCAUCACAAUCACGAACGCCCUCCCCUCCCGCCGCAAAUUCCAAACCCCACUACGCACGAACCCCAAGAAUUCCCACCCCUCAUCCCUCCUACCCUCCACCCCCACCACCAACCUCCCAUCCCAACUCAAAACCCUAACCACCACCCUCCACCACACACGCGAAACCCUGCACCUCCUCCAAAACG